ACACACACACACGUACGCACACACAGAUAGACUGAGAGGGGCUGAGCGAGGAGUAUAAAAGGGGCAUCCUUCCCACUCAUCAGAGAAGUGCUCACUUCAUUCUUACACACUUCUUUAAUACAGCAAACCUGUUUCUCAAGAUGACUGUAGGACUGUGUGUGUGUGCUGUGCUGGCAGUCCUGUGUUCAAGCUGCUUGGGACUCCCGUUCUCCCCCCAGCCCCUGGAAGAGGAGCAUCGCUACUUCCCAGUUCCGUCUGAAGCAGCUCUCUAUGAGGCUGACACCCCCACUCUGGGAGAGACCCACCUCCGACACAGCCGCUCAAGCAGCCAGCUGAAAUCCCUUUCUCAGGAUGAGGAGGAUGCAGAUUCCCGUGCAAACCUCAACGAGUUGCUUGCAAGGCUAAUCUCCUCAAGGAAAGGUUCUGUGCGCAGAAACUCCAUGGCCCAGAAAAAAGGUGGUGGUCUGGGCAGCAAGCAUCGGAUAGCAGACAGGGACUAUAUUGGGUGGAUGGAUUUUGGCCGGCGCAGCGCAGAGGAGUUUGAGUACUCCUCAUAAGAGGAAGUACCUUCUCCUUGAUGGAAAAAAAACAUGCCAAGUUGGCUCCCCACCUGUCACCCAAUGAGAGCCUAUUUAUGACCUAUUCGUUGUACAUUUGUUUGUAAAACUGUAAUAACGCGAUAUUCAUACUGUAUGCCAAUUUCUUUUGCAGAAAAUCUCUUUCUGUUUGUUUUCUUGUUUAUCUGGUUUCUUUAUCUUUCAAGGUGAAAACAUUUGGCUAAGUUCAGACUAACUGGGCUGAAUAAAGAUCAUAAAUACCCA